ACCUACCAGAACCCUUGCCGUCUUGCGUGAUGUAUCUCGGGGUUACCUUAUAUGGAAGCUGGGGAGCUCUAGGAGCUAUCGCUGAAGCUUUCUGACCUCUGCUCUGUUAUCCCAGCAACAGUAAAGAUGCAUGUCUACAACCGAGGGAUACCGCAGUCAUGCACCCGAGUUACACACAUCAGCUUUUCUUUCCACGAACCAUGUUUCCCAUUCAAAGAACCCCAUUCCGCUGUGUGGCUUUUCAGAUACGGCAUAGUGCACUUAGGGACUCAUGGCGGGUUCUUGGCAUCAGAUGUAACCGUUUCUCGCAGGAUGAUACACAGUUGGCAGAGGUACAGACACAGUGGGUGAACAGGGUGUUUGAGAGCCUCCUUUUUCUCAUCCUCGCCCAGCGUCGGUUUGCUCAUGUGUCUUCACUACUUCUUCUCUUUCUCUCUUCUGACACUGCAGCAAACGGAAGGGGAAGUGACGCCCCCGUAGCGGUGUGCCAAAGCCACCAUGUACGAGAAGACCGAUUAUGGAUUACUGCGUCAAGCCCUCUUACCUCACCUUCGAAAAGGCUGGAAAAUUGCCAAGGUUCUCAAUCACCUACCAAGACUUUUUGGUUGCCGGACAACCGACUUGGGACCGCAGGAUUGGGCUGUUGGGUUGAAUACUCAACCAGAGCCGCAUCUUUCACAGAGAAAGUGGGUAGCAGGUUGAAUACCUAUCAUGACGCCUUUGCCGGUGCUCGAAACUCUCGGAGCAUCUGGAAGUGCAUACCUCCAAUUUGGCCUCUGAUAAUCACCAAGUCUGCUGUUUCUACUCAGGGAGUGCAAGUCAUCGGAUUAUUCCUGGAACACUUCGGGAGGUUGAUAAGUCACAACUUGGACAGAUAAAACAGUCCAUUGCCUAUCAGCGCCUGUGCCGCAUGUCUCAACGCUAUGUGGAGAGUGUCUUGCAAGUUGCAAGGCUCACAUCGUCUCAUC